AUGCGCAGCGGCCGCCGCAAGGCCGCCAAGGACGUCAAGCAGGAGGAGGAGGAGGAGCCGCCGCCGACGGCGGGAGGCGGUGGGCGCGAGCGGGAUCGCGGCCGGAAGCGGGCGCGCGAGGCGGAGGAGUCCUCCCCUCCGGUCAUCUGCCCGAUCGCGCUGGUGGCGGGGCACCCGAGCGCGGGCGCGGGCUUCAACGACGGCCACCCCACCGCCGCGCAGUUCCGCGGGCCGAUGGGCAUCGCUCUCGCGCCUUCGGGCCACCUGCUCGUGUGCGACUCGGACAACCGUCGGCUGCGGCGGCUG